AUGUCUGAGGCAGAGCGUCCCAAGGUUGGCGUAGGCGUCGUCAUCCAUGAUGGUGCAGGCAACAUCAUCAUGGGCGAAAGGGCUGGAAGUCACGGCGCUGGUACCUUUCAAUGCCCAGGCGGCCAUCUCGAAUAUGGCGAGUCCUUUGCCGAAACUGCUGCAAGAGAAAGCUUAGAGGAGACGGGUCUUGAGAUCGGGAACAUCAAGCUCCUGGUUGCGACUAAUGAUGUGUUCGGCGAGGGGAAGCACUACGUAACCAUAUUCGUAACGGCGGAGAUCACGGGAAAGAACAAGGUUGCUCAGGUGAGCUACACUGACACCGUAAAGGCAAUGGAGCCGCACAAGUGCGCCAAAUGGGAGUGGAUACCUUGGAGCCAGAUGUGGACGUGGGCAGGAGAACAGGCGAAAGCUGAGAAGGAAGGAACGGAAGUCAAGAAGCAGAUGUUUUUACCGUUGGUAAACUUGUGGAGGGAGUAUCCCGAGCUG